CCAGCUUCUCGUCUCCUUCUUGACACAUUCCCUAGAGAUAAAUAACUCGACGCUCCCGCAUAUCAUCAAAGAUUCGCGCGUCUGAACCUCUCCUCCAUCAAACAACCACCCCCACGUAAACCAUCGACACAUCAUUCAUCAUGUCUGGACCUGUCGCUGAUAUGGGCCUCAUCGGCCUGGCCGUUAUGGGUCAAAACAUUAUCCUCAACGCCGCCGACCACGGUUUCACCGUUGCCGCCUUCAAUCGUACCGUUUCCAAGGUCGACCGAUUCCUGGCCAACGAGGCCAAGGGCAAGUCCAUCGUGGGCGCUCACUCUCUGGAGGAGUUCGUUUCAAAACUUAAGAGCCCCAAGCGAGUCAUGCUCCUCGUCCAGGCCGGCAAGGCUGUCGAUGACUACAUUGACACCCUCAUCCCCCUCCUUGAGAAGGGUGACAUCAUCAUUGACGGUGGUAACUCUCACUUCCCCGACUCCAACCGCCGCACCAAGUACUGCGCUUCCAAGGGCAUCCGCUUCGUCGGCUCCGGUGUCUCUGGUGGUGAGGAGGGUGCCCGCUACGGUCCCUCCAUGAUGCCCGGUGGUAACGAGGAGGCCUGGCCCCACAUCAAGGACCUCUUCCAGAGCAUCUCCGCUAAGAGCGACAACGAGCCUUGCUGCGACUGGGUCGGUGAUGAGGGCGCCGGUCACUACGUCAAGAUGGUCCACAACGGUAUUGAGUACGGUGACAUGCAGCUUAUCUGCGAGGCCUACGAUAUCCUGAAGCGCGGUCUCGGCCUCUCCUGCAAGGAGAUUGGCGAUGUCUUCGCCAAGUGGAACAAGGGCGUCUUGGACUCUUUCCUGAUCGAGAUUACCCGUGACAUCCUUUACUACAACGACGACGAUGGAACUCCCCUCGUCGAGAAGAUUCUCGACCAGGCUGGCCAGAAGGGUACCGGCAAGUGGACCGCUAUCAACGCCCUUGACCUCGGUAUGCCCGUCACCCUGAUUGCCGAGGCUGUCCUUGCCCGCUGCCUGUCCUCCAUCAAGGAGGAGCGUGUUAAGGCUUCCAGCAAGCUUCAGUACGUUGGUCGCACCAACAAGUUCGAGGGCAACAAGGAGCAGUUCAUCGACGACCUCGAGCAGGCUCUGUACGCCUCCAAGAUCGUCUCCUACGCUCAGGGUUUCCAAUUGAUGAACGAGGCCGCCAAGGAGUACGGCUGGAAGCUUAACAAGCCCUCCAUCGCCCUCAUGUGGCGCGGUGGCUGCAUUAUCCGCUCCGUCUUCCUCAAGGACAUCACCAACGCUUUCCGCAGCAACCCCGACCUCGAGAACCUUCUCUUCGACGACUUCUUCAACAAGGCCAUCCACACUGCUCAGCCCGGCUGGAGAGACGUUGUCGCCAAGGCCGCCCUCCUCGGAAUCCCGACCCCGGCCUUCUCCACCGCUCUGUCUUGGUUCGACGGUUACCGCACCAAGGACCUGCCCGCCAACCUCCUCCAGGCUCAGCGCGACUACUUCGGUGCCCACACCUUCCUCGUCAAGCCCGAGUCAGCUAACGAGAAGUACCCCGCUGGCCAGUACCACCACGUCAACUGGACCGGCCGCGGAGGUAACGUCUCUGCUUCUACAUACAACGCUUAAUGGUUUUCUGGAUAGGUUAAAUAGAGGGCUCACUAUGAGAACUGGCAUAAGGAUGCUAGGAGAAUGAAAUGAAAUGAUUACACGUAAUUGAAACAACAAAGUUCCACCAA